UUCACACAUUCAAGACUCUGGUGAUGAGGUUACUCAAUUACCCUUCUGUUACAGUCUUAAUUACCUUCAAUACCUCAAGCACAGAAAAUGUAUUUGCCUAUUUAUAUCUCUUCGACUUUCUCUCUCUUCCUGAAUCUCUCUCUCAGUUUCAGAGCUCAGGUCCUCCUCCACAGAAGCGAUCCUCAUCUCUCUGUGCACAACAUUCAAUCUAUACUGCAGGCGCUCAACAGGAUAUAAAUACAGCGGCAUUCGGUGAUGGAGAAGUGCGUGAGUGGUGAUUGAUAGAGAGUUGAUUUUGUAAUCGUAGAAUGAAAAUGCGAGUCAAGGAAUUGCACCCGCUGUGCUGCAUCUCACUGGAGAGUACCGUCGCUGGAGACCAAUCGCCGAGGAUCUCCUUGACGAGGGCGAGGAGUCUGCCGGCAGGUUCCUUGGCGGUGUCGGGAGGAUCUGACGGCAAUGUGGUUCGGCAUUCGCCGGGAUCUGACGCCACCGUCGCUGGUGUAAUUUAUAAGUGGACCAAUUACGGUAAGGGAUGGAGAUCCAGGUGGUUCUUACUGCGGAACGGUGUGAUUUCUUAUUCGAAGAUUCGUCGGCCGGAGAACCUGAAUCUGCUAGCUCCGACGGAUGAUAUAAGGUUGAUCGGAGAAAUAUCGACCAAUCGUCUCGCGAGAAUUGACGGCAAUGACGGUAGACUGAAGCCGCGGAAGAGUCUUGGCAUUGUUCAUUUGAAGAUAGCUUCAUUUCGUGAGAGCAAAUCAGACGAUCGGCGAUUCUACAUAUUCACGGCUACAAAGACCCUUCAUCUAAGAACUGAUUCAACAAGAGAUCGGGAAGCUUGGAUACAAGCUCUUGCUUCCACUAGGAGCUUCAUUCCAUUGAGGUCGUUGAAUAAUCUUUCCCUUCUACCAAAGGACUUGUCUAUAUCUACAGAAAGACUUAAAGAGCGCUUACUUGAAGAGGGAAUCAAUGAGAACCUUGUGAAGGAUUGUGAGCAGAUCAUGCUGUCUGAGUUCUCUGAAAUACAUGGGCAUCUUGAUAUUCUCUGUGAAGAACGGUCCAAUUUGGUAGACACGAUAAGGCAACUAGAGGCCGCAAAUAUUGAAGCUGAAACCUCUGGGAUUCAAGAUUGCGAAUAUCAAUUGGCAAAGCAUGAAUUUUCCGUGCUAGGGCAUGGAAAGUAUAGUGAAUGUAGCACAACUGAAUCAUCUGAUGAAACUGAGAAACAAGAGCUUGAGGCAUCGGAUGAAGAUGAAGUCUCCUUCUUUGACACAAAAGAAUAUUUUAGUGAACUCAAUAGUAGUCCUAGUUCCUUAACGGUAUUUGAAGAAACUGAAUGCCAUUUUGGUAAUGUGGAGAAGAUGAGUUCAGUGAAGGAAGUAAAUAAUUAUGAUUGUUUGCACAUGGAAAGGCGGAAAAAGCUUCCUGACCCUGCUGAGAAAGAGAAAGGGGUCAGUCUUUGGUCUUUGAUAAAAGACAACGUGGGAAAGGAUCUGACACGAGUUUGUCUUCCUGUUUACUUUAAUGAGCCGAUAUCUUCCCUCCAGAAAUGCUUUGAGGACUUGGAGUACUCAUAUCUUUUGGAUCGAGCAUAUGAGUUUGGAAAAGCGGGGGACAGUCUCAUGAGAAUACUAAAUGUUGCUGCUUUCGCAGUUUCUGGGUAUGCUUCCUCUGAAGGUCGGCAUUGUAAACCAUUCAAUCCUUUGCUUGGGGAAACUUAUGAAGCGGACUAUCCUGAGAAAGGAGUUCGGUUCUUCUCUGAGAAGGUCAGUCAUCACCCAACUCUUAUCGCUUGUCACUGUGAAGGUAAAGGGUGGAAAUUUUGGUGUGACAGCAAUAUCCGCACAAAAUUUUGGGGCAGAUCAAUUCAGCUUGAUCCGGUUGGAGUUUUGAUGCUAGAGUUUGAUGAUGGCGAAAUGUUCCAGUGGAGCAAGGUUACGACAAAUAUCUAUAACCUUAUUUUGGGUAAAAUAUAUUGUGAUCACUCCGGGAUGAUGGACAUACGUGGCAACGGCCAAUAUUCAUGCAAACUCAAGUUUAAAGAGCAGUCUAUUCUUGAUCGAAAUCCUCAUCAGGUUAAUGGGUACGUCGAAGAUAAAAUGGGCAAAAAAGUUGUCUCAUUGUUUGGAAAAUGGAAUGAAAGCAUGUAUUAUAAUAAAGGUGAUGGGAUGUGCAAGCCAAAAGAUUUCAAUCCCUCUUGUGGUGCCUCCUUGCUGUGGAAAAGUACCAAGACACCUCCUAAUCUCACCCGAUACAACUUAACAUCAUUUGCAAUCACUUUAAAUGAACUGACACCAGGACUGCAGAUUAAGGAGAAGCUCCCACCCACAGAUUCCAGGCUUAGACCUGACCAGCGGCAUCUGGAGAACGGAGAAUACGAGAAGGCAAAUGCAGAGAAACAACGGUUGGAGAUGAGGCAAAGGAUUUCAAGGAAAUUACAAGAAAAUGGGUGGAGGCCCAGAUGGUUCCAGAGAGAAAGUGAGACGGGACCAUUUCGCUAUGUUGGAGGAUACUGGGAAUCCCGAGAGCAGGGAAUUUGGGAUGGAUGUCCAGAUAUAUUUGGUGAAUUAAGUGAAGACCUUACAGAAUCUGCUAAAGGCUCUUAGUUUUUUAUUUUGGAGUGGUGGACUGGAAGAGACAAAACCUGCAUGCAAGUGGCCUUUCCUGUGCAUCGCCAAGAUUCUGGCAGGAUGACUGUACCAUUGGCCCUAGUGACGAUCGGGGUGUAAGAAUUUGGGCUCAGGUUAUUGAUGAAUGAUGGUUUGAGCGUAAAUCUCCUUGUAAGAUUGUUUUUUUUUAUUGGUCUCUCUUUCUCCCUCGACCCUUUGCAUUUAUGCCUUGACAAAGAGUAUUUAUUUGCAUUUUCUUGGUGGGAAUAAAUAGAAAAGAAAAUUUACUGUUGUCUUCA